CUUAUAGCUUGGGAUAAGCUCUGUUUAUUUCACUAUUUCUCAGUUUCUGGAUUUUGUUUUUGUUUUUCAAUAUGGGUGCUAGAUUUUCACGUAUAGCGAAAAGGUUUCUUCCCAAGUCUAAAGUAAGGAUUCUGAUGGUGGGUCUUGAUGGUUCAGGGAAGACUACCAUCCUUUACAAGCUAAAGCUCGGUGAAGUUGUCACAACAGUGCCUACUAUUGGGUUCAACCUCGAGACAGUAGAAUACAAAGGCAUCAAUUUCACUGUAUGGGACAUAGGAGGACAAGAGAAGAUUCGCAAAUUGUGGAGACACUAUUUUCAGAACUCGCAAGGGCUCAUUUUUGUGGUGGACAGCAGUGACAGUUCAAGGUUAUCAGAAGCUCGUAAUGAGCUGCAUCGAAUACUAACCAAUAAUGAAUUACAAAAUGCAUGUGUACUCGUCUUUGCGAACAAGCAAGAUUCAAGAAAUGCUCUAGCCGUAGACCAAGUUGCCAACAACCUUGGUCUGCACGGCCUAACCAAACGCUGUUGGUUUAUACAGGGAACAUCAGCCAUCACUGGGCAAGGCUUAUACGAGGGACUUGAAUGGCUCUCCAAAACUAUACCUAACAAACCUGAACAGUCUACUUCGCUUGGGAGUUUCCGGAGUGAUUCCUCCGAGAGAAGGCUUGUACGAGGUGUGAAGUAUUAGUAGACUAUCUUGUCUUCUAAGUUCUAUGUAUUUGUAUGGUGUUGGCCUUUUGUUACUUCAUGUUUAUCAAUGAGGGUGAAUAAGAUUGAGGGUAGAAAUCAUUACAACCUUAAUGAAUUUGUUUCCUCCUUAUUUGGACAUUUGGUCUAUUGUAUCUAUGCAUUAGCAAAUUAAUAGAGUAUUGGUGCAUUUUAAUUUAAAAACUGAACAUCAGUAAUGUUGAUUAUUAUAGAUGUAAAAAAU